AUGGGGGAGCUUGCAACUGAGAAGCAUGUCCAAUACAUUUUGUCAGUUGAAAAGAGGAAAGAUGACUUUAUAUCUGUUGCAAUGGAAUAUCUGAGAAUGAAUGGGGCAUACUGGGGAUUGACCACUCUAGAUCUUCUAGGGAAGCUUGAUGCUGUAGAUGUGGAUGAGGUUGUCUCAUGGAUCAUGAAAUGCCAGCACGAAUCAGGUGGGUUUGGUGGUAACAUUGGGCAUGACCCUCACAUACUGUAUACUCUAAGCGCUGGAUUUUCUGAUAAAUUCUUUCCACAUGAUAUCAUAUCAAACAAUACUUUUUUUUUUCUCAAAAUUUGCUAUAUUGCUGGAUUGCAAAAUGAAGAUGGAUCAUUUUCAGGGGAUGAAUGGGGUGAAGUUGAUACACGGUAUUCUUAUAUUCGUAUCAGUUGUCCCUCAAUAUUACAUCAUUUGAAUAAAAUCAAUGUGGAGAAGGCAGUGGGAUACAUCGUCGGUUGCAAAAAUUUGGAUGGUGGAAAAUAUUGUGUUGAAAAUCUUAUGUCCUCCGCAGUUUUCUGUUGUGUGGGUGCACUUGCUAUAACGGGAUCAUUGCAUCAUAUUGACAAGGACCUUCUUGGGUGGUGGUUAUGCAAGCGGCAAGUUAAAGCAAGGGGUCUUAAUGGCCGUCCUGAGAAACUUCCUGAUGUUUGCUACUCAUGGUGGGUUCUUUCUAGCUUGAUCAUGAUAGACAGGGUUCAUUGGAUCAGCAAGGAAAAGCUUGUUAAGUUCAUCUUAGACUGCCAGGAUACAGAAAAUGGGGGUAGUUCUGAUAGGCCAGAUGAUGCUGUGGAUGUCUAUCACACCUACUUUGGAGUGGCUGGUAAUUAA